UCCUUAUAUCAGCGAUGCAUUCGUGUUCCAAGGUUUCCUGAUAAGUGCCAGUAUAGCAAUGUGUUGACUUUUGGUCGAAUUGGUACUAAAAACGGUCCCACGGUCAGUGGAAUAUUUGUGCAGUGCUGUUCACAGGUUGGCUAUCAGGGACCUGGCUUUGUACACUCCGUUUCGGUCGGCAAGGGUUGCAAUACCUUGGGCAUAAUCCUCCACGAAAUUGGACACACAAUUGGAUUUUGGCAUGAACAGAGUCGACCAGAUCGAGAUAGUGAGUUUUUGGUUAAAAAGUCGGUCAAUUUUAGUUUUCUGAUAAAGCAAUCACUGAACAUUCACUUAAAAUAUACUAAACUUAUCUACGACAGACACCUAGCCUGGUUCCUCAAAUCAAAUGCUUUACGAACGGGAACUCAGGAAUCUCACAAAGGCUACCGACCGGCAGCCAGAUGGUUAUUUAGCACGCUGGCCUGCACUCAUGAAAUUAAUUCAGUCUACAGUAAAACUGCAACAGUUAUGGCUCACACAGAAGUUGCUAAUGAUGAUAAAUAA